ACUCUCGCACCACCACUCACUCAAGCGCGUCUUUGUUACCUUCAAGUGCGUUAACUACAGCAAAAGGACUACAUUUAUACAGAUAUUCAAGAUUAUUUCAACGUAGCGACAGAAUAGUUUCAAGAAAAUAGUUUUUGGAUCUCGACUUACUUUUUAGUUUCAUUAAGGAUAACCGGUGGCAGGACAUGUGAUACGGAUGAACAAAAAACAUUGAAUAUAAAGAAACUUCACAUGAAACCAUCGGACUUCUGCGUCUUGUACUUCGCGUUGAGAACUGUGAAUGGCUGAGUAGCCUCCAUACUCUGUUGUAGCUAGCCUACUUUGUUGAGUAGGCAACAUCUUCAGUGUGUGCGGCGAGGUCUGGCGAGACCCAAAAAGCCCAAUUCAAUCGAAGGAACUCAUUCAGUCACCGAAGGUGAAACAAGAUAUUUGGAAAAUUCUGCUAUAAAGUUGAAGCCCUAACAAGGAGCACUCGACUCGUCAGCUUCCGUGAAUAUUGCAAACGAUUGGAUUUCAUAGUUUUCCUUUUCACUGGACGUUAUUAAUAAUUGUAUAUUUUUGCGUUUGUCGAUCAGUCGAUAGAUUGUUAUUAAUGUUUCUCAUUGUAUAGAUAUUUAUUUUGUAAUAUGAGGCCAAAAUCUUAUUGCGGGCGGGCAUCGUAUUAAAUGCUGAAUAGUGCAGAUAGAGUGUAAGCCUUAUAGGCAACCAGAACAGAGCACUGUGGAAAAGAGGUCAGAUCUAAGUUUGCGGUUUCGUGGUUUUGCUGUAGUCAGUGAGAAGCAGAAAUCAACUCGAUGUUUCUCAUGCAGCUACAUCCUGAGCAGAUGAUAUAACACGCAAACAUUCAACUUUAUCGUGUCUGCAAGAUAAAAAGUCUCUUCACUCACUGGACAGUUCAGGAUUUAUUGUGAUAGAUUAACCGGGGGAGCUGCGUGCGCUCAGCUCCAUCAUCGCGUAAACCGCUGGAAUUGACCGAGACCAAAGGAACAAGUGUCAGAGAGCGGGAAAAAUACAUAUAUUCUCCAAAAAAAGAGCCCUGAACACUCGUCAAAACCCCUCGAGAAGUGGCCUUGACCAACGCUGUUGUGAUGCAUAUUCCCGUAGACCCUAACACCACCAGACGGUUCACACCGCCCUCCACGUCGUUCCCCUGCAGCAAGAUUGGAGACGGCAGCGGGACCAUGGGCACCCCUGGACCACUGAGGACACGACCCGAGGCCAGGAAUGUGGUGGACGUCCUGUCAGACCACGCUGGCGAGCUGGUCCGUACAGACAGCCCAAACUUCCUCUGCUCCGUGCUGCCCUCACACUGGAGGUGCAACAAGACACUCCCUGUGGCUUUCAAGGUUGUUGCACUCGGUGAUGUGCCCGAYGGGACUCUGGUCACGGUGAUGGCGGGGAACGACGAGAACUUCUCUGCAGAGCUGAGGAACGCGUCUGCGGUGAUGAAGAACCAGGUCGCCCGCUUCAACGACCUGCGGUUCGUGGGCAGAAGCGGACGAGGAAAGAGCUUCACUCUGACCAUCACAGUCUUCUCUGGUCCCCCUCAGGUGGCCACCUACCACCGUGCCAUUAAAGUGACAGUGGAUGGGCCCAGGGAACCCAGACGUGAGUACUUACAGGGACACAGGGUGAAGCUGGAGGAUCCCCAGAAGAUGCAGUUCUCUGAUAGGCUGACAGAGAUUGAGCGCUACCAGCGGGCCAGCCUGAGGAUGGGGCCUGGUAACCCCCAGCCCCGGCCCAUGCACCAGAGCCACCUGGGGCCCUCCACCCAGUCCCAGAUACAAGGUCCCACCGCUGAUCUCUUCCCCCAGAGGACCUCCUUCCCCUCUCUGUCCCCGCUGACUGACCCUCGUUUCUCAGACCCACGUAUGCACUACCCAGGGGCCUUCACCUACUCAGCCAACCCCUCCAGCACGGGCAUCGGAGGCCUCAGUGUGACGGGAAUGUCUGCCUCCUCCCGCUACCACACAUACCUGCCCCCACCCUACCCGGGCAACCAGAACCAGGGAAGCCACUUCCAGUCCAACUCCUCCCCCUACCACCUGUACUACGGCACCGGGUCCGGCUCCUACCAGUUCUCCAUGGUGGGCCCGGGCGGGACUGGGGGUGAGCGCUCCCCCAGCCGCCUGCUGCCCUGCUCGGGGGCCUCAGCCUCUGGAGUUGGCAACAGCCUGAUAAUCCAGGGCCUGAGCAACCAGAGCGAGGGGGUGGAGGCGGAUGGUAGCCACAGCAACUCCCCUACGACCAUGAGCGGGUCUGGACGCAUGGAUGAAUCUGUCUGGAGGCCCUACUGACUGUUAGACAGCUAGAGGAAAUGUAGGACAGAGAAGAGAGAGAGAAAGCAAAAGUAAAGAAGUUAAAUGAACAAAAAAAGAUGAAUCCUUCCCCAAAAAAUAAAUGUUGCAUGUUUGUCUUUUAUUUUCCCGCACUCGCUUCGUACCCUUUUCCUAGUUGACCAAAGACAUUCAAUGUCUGUCAGAAUGCCAUGGCCAGAGGUGGCCUUUUUGAAGGCCAUGGGUACACCCUGCACUGUGACAGGGACUAUUCUCUGAGACUCUGAAAGCCAUACAAAUCUCAUUAUUUUCAAUUGAUGAGUAAGAACUGCAAAAUAACUGUAAAUAGAUGUUAUGGUGUUAGAACAAAUAAGCCAUAGUAAUAUACUGUAUCAGGUUCUUCUGAAAAAUAGGUACAACAUGCAUACCAUAGACUAUGAAAAGGCACAACUUUCACAUCCAUUCAUUCUAUGCAGCUGAUGAACGGUAAAAAUGCAAGUGCUAUUGUGGCUAAUCAGCCAACGAGACCAAAACUAUCCUUAUCCCUCAGAUGAGGGAUACCUUUCUUGGCGUUACAAGCUAAACAUCCAGAACAGUGACUGUACUGCCUCAACGGCCUUUGACUGUUAUGUGAAAACAGAAGUCAAACAGGAUGUUUGCUUCACAUGACUCAGAACCUGCCCUAGAUGACUUGUGGCUGUAUUGCUAAUGUAUACAUGUCAAUUGAUCCUGAAGCUUUUAUUUUGUGAGCGGUUUGGAGAUUCAUCCAUCAGUCCAUGAAAGAUCAUCAAGAACAAUCCAUCGUCUCAAAGUAGUUAUGCAUUGCUUGAAAAUUGCAUUUAUUAUCUAUACUAGGAUGGAUCAGUCCUUGGAGGUACAGUAAGCAAUGCUUAUUCAAAAUGAACAACAUUAUGUAUUUGAGUGAAACUCCCCUGUAAAGUCGUUAAUGUAUUGAUCAUCUAUGUAGCAGAACAAUAGCUGAUAUUCUGAGGACCGUCCAGGACUUUAGCAGAGAAGAGGUUUUUUGAAGCAGGAAUUUUAUGGAUUCCUGUCUUUUUAGUUUCUUGGACUGUUAUCUUUAUUUGUACUUAUGGUAGGCCUAUAUAUUUCUUCAUUGUGUCUGCAAACUGUUCUAGUGUAGUAUGUCUGAWCUAGAUAAUACAGUUUACUUUUUUUAUAUUUAUUUGAGCCAAAUUUGAGAAAAUGUUCACUUAUGCCCAAAAACAUUUAGCAUUUCUCUCUACCUUAUCUUUUUUGUAUAAAUAUUUUGUUUAUUUGUCGUUUAAUAUAAAAUUUGAAUUUGUGUAAUAUAUUUCUUCUAAAUUAUGAAAAAAAACUAAACUUUUAAUGUUAUUAUUUUGUAUUUCAAUGUAGCUUCGAUGCACUAAAAACAUUCAUGAUAUUUAACCAUUAGAAGCACAGAUCCCAACAUUAAAUCCAACAAUCACUUUAUUUAUAAGAUCCCCCCUUAAACAGUCGCCCAAUCAUCAACCCCCAGCCUCCUUGAGUUCACAUUUUUUCCACUCUUUUAAAGAAGAAAAUAAAUACUUAAGGUACACAACCCACAUUAUGUGGCUAUGCAGAUCUUGUUUCUUUGUUUAUCAAACAAAGAUACUAACCUGUAUCAAGAAUGACUGAAACCUCAGACUAUGAUUGGCUUAAUCUCAAACCACAUUGGCAUGUCUGAAGUGGCUAACUAARCAGUAGAGAUGGAGUGGGCUGAUUUUCACACGUAAGCAUACACACACACACACACACACGCUUUCUGUGCUACAGGUGUGAUUGUGCACAUUCUCACAGACCCAAUGGCCUUUCCCACCCCAGGGGGACACAGAGAGUAGGGAUGAAGAUAGAGGGGUGUUCAAAGUGGGAUCCUCUUACCAACACCAAGGGCAAUCCUAACUAAAAACAAUUGUUGUGCACAGGUCCCUUUGUUCUGCAUGAGCUGUGAGUCCUUUGAAGCCUUUCUGAACGUGUUUUCUCUCCUUCCUAUUGUAAUUUACUGAUCAUUAGUGCCUGCAGCUCAGGGCACUGCACAGGAUUCAGAUGUCAGGACAGAGCAUCUUUUUUCUAUGAGCUGUGCUGAGCCACUUAAUUCAUUGUGUCAGGUGUGCCAUGUUAAGACAUGGAGGUGUUUUGGUGAAAAGGAGGAGGAGAGUUGGUGGGGCUUCUUAAGAGCAGAUAUUAUACCAAUUAGGGUUGGUUUAGCGACCCCAAAUCUUUGAGCUCAUACAUUAAAAAACAAAAAAUACUGUUAGCAUUUGUCGCUCAGAAAAAAAGUUAAGCURACUCUAUUGACAAAUCUACUACCUUAUGCCUUAUUUUUGUUUAAGACAAUCAAUUAUAUAAAGAUGCAUUCCUAACUCUUGGGGAGUGGAGGGAAAGAAUAGCAUGUUCUUAUAAUCACUGUGUUCCUACCCAUCCCUUUGGGUUUGAAGGCCUAACUUUAGAUUGGGCAAAAUUCAUGCAGCUAUGAGAAAUCAAAGAUGUACCUGAUAUCAUAUGGUUAUAUCAAAACCAAAGAAAGGCCUGUAAUAUUGUUACAUUGAGGGUUUGGAUUCGUUGUUUUACACAAAAUGUCUCGGUUGGUUUCCAUUAUCUGUUGAUAAAAUGCCCAUACCUCUUAAGAGGUUGUGUGUAUAUCAUGAGGCAUUUGCAAAACAGGGAGGUUAAAUUGUACAAUUACAUUUUAUUUUAUUUUAUGUUGGAUAGAAAAGCACAAAGCUUAUGUUUUCUUUAAUGUUUCUUUUAAACAACCUCCUCUUCAUUUUGUUAUACCAUAAUGUUAAUUCAUUUUGCUCAAAGCAUGUAUGUCUGAAGCUGAUAUGUUAAUUUAAUUUUCAUCCAUGUAAUAUCCUUAAAGACUCUGUAUUAAGUGCUUGUAAAGUGUGCAGAUAAUGUAGUUUUUAAUCAUUUUAAUUAAAAAACAUAAAUUUCA